AUGGGAAACGGUGAGAAAGGUCGACCCAGUAAAAAGAUCAAGUUUUCCAAGGAGGAAUAUAAGGCUUCUGCUGCUGAUGACGAGGCUUCUCAUUUCCCUGACGACGACGAUAUUCGUGAAGGCGAAGAGAAAAAGAGGGAUUUUUCAAAACUGGAACUUAAACCUGAUCAUGCCAAUCGUCCGCUGUGGGCUUGUGCUGAUGGUCGGAUUUUCCUCGAAACUUUCUCCCCGCUGUACAAACAAGCCUAUGACUUCCUCAUUGCCAUUGCUGAACCCGUUUGCAGGCCCGAGUCAAUGCAUGAGUACAAUUUGACGCCGCACUCUCUAUAUGCUGCUGUGUCUGUGGGACUUGAAACAGAAACAAUAAUAUCUGUUUUGAAUAAAUUGUCAAAGACGAAGCUUCCAAAAGAUAUGAUUGAUUUCAUACAUAGUUCUACUGCCAAUUAUGGCAAAGUGAAACUUGUGCUGAAGAAGAAUCGAUACCUAAUAGAAUCCCCAUUUCCCGAGGUGUUAAAAAGGUUGCUCCAAGAUGAGGUCAUAGCACGGGCGAGAAUAUCAUCUGAGGGGGUGGAUGGAAGCGAUGGUUUUACUGUUGGAAAAUCAGCAGGUGAAAUAGGUGGUGGACAUGAUGAACUGCUAAAUGAAGCAGAAUUGGCUGCUGCAGCUGAAGAGAAGGAAAUCCACUCAUUUGAAAUUGACCCUGCACAGGUUGAAAAUGUGAAGCAACGUUGUUUGCCUAAUGCUCUGAAUUAUCCCAUGUUGGAGGAGUAUGACUUCAGAAAUGACACAGUUAAUCCUGAUCUUGAGGUGGAGUUGAAGCCUCAUGCACAGCCACGUCCUUAUCAAGAAAAGAGUCUUAGCAAGAUGUUUGGAAACGGUAGAGCACGUUCUGGUAUCAUUGUGCUGCCGUGUGGUGCCGGAAAGUCUUUAGUUGGCGUUUCUGCAGCCUGCAGAAUAAGAAAAAGUUGCCUUUGUUUAGCUACGAAUGCUGUGUCUGUGGAUCAAUGGGCUUUCCAGUUUAAGCUGUGGUCAACCAUUAAAGAAGAGCAAAUCUGCCGUUUCACAUCCGAUAGCAAAGAAAGAUUCCGUGGCAAUGCUGGGGUGGUGGUGACAACAUAUAAUAUGAUUGCUUUCGGUGGCAAACGUUCCGAAGAAGCUGAAAAGAUCAUUGAAGAAAUAAGAAACCGGGAGUGGGGUUUGCUUCUCAUGGAUGAGGUGCAUGUUGUCCCUGCUCACAUGUUUCGGAAGGUCAUCAGCCUAACAAAAUCUCACUGCAAACUUGGGCUUACUGCAACACUUGUUAGAGAGGAUGAGAGGAUCACAGAUUUGAACUUUCUUAUUGGUCCAAAGCUGUAUGAGGCAAAUUGGUUGGAUUUAGUGAAAGGAGGGUUCAUUGCAAAUGUCCAGUGUGCAGAAGUCUGGUGUCCAAUGACGAAGGAGUUCUUUGCUGAAUAUCUGAAGAAAGAAAAUUCAAAGAAGAAGCAGGCACUUUAUGUGAUGAACCCUAAUAAGUUUAGGGCUUGUGAGUUUCUUAUUCAGUUUCAUGAACAGCAACGGGGGGAUAAGAUAAUAGUUUUUGCUGACAAUCUUUUUGCACUCACUGAGUAUGCAAUGAAGCUUCGAAAACCUAUGAUCUAUGGUGCCACAAGCCAUCCUGAAAGAACCAAAAUCCUUGAAGCAUUCAAAACUAGUCGAGAUGUUAACACAGUAUUUCUUUCAAAGGUGGGAGAUAAUUCUAUAGAUAUUCCUGAGGCAAAUGGGAAGCCUCGGGACAGGAUAGCAGGGGGUAAGGAAGAGUACAAUGCAUUUUUCUACUCCCUUGUAUCUACAGACACCCAGGAAAUGUAUUACUCAACUAAACGGCAACAGUUUUUGAUUGAUCAAGGUUAUAGCUUUAAGGUAAUCACAGGCUUACCUCCUUCUGAUUCAGGAGCCACAUUGAGUUAUUCUCGUCUUGACGAGCAGCUUGCACUUCUCGGAAAGGUGCUAAGUGCAGGUGACGAUGCAGUCGGUCUGGAGCAACUAGAAGAAGACACAGAUGGCAUUGCCCUUCAGAAAGCCCGUCGCUCUGCAGGAUCCAUGAGUGCAAUGUCAGGAGCCAGUGGAAUGGUAUACAUGGAAUACAGUACUGGGCAGAAAAAGCUGCAUGGGCAGUCAAAAAGCAGGCUCAAGGAGCCGGCUAAGAGACACCAUUUGUUCAAGAAACGUUUUGUUUAA